GGAACACCCACAGACAGGAGCAGAGGGGUUCAAAGCCAACAUGUCUGCAUUUACAGCCCUGAUGGCGGACAGCGCCUCCGUCACAGUGGUACUCGUCUUUGCGACUCUCCUCUUCCUCGUCCUUCUCUUCAAGCCCUCAUCCAAAGGUAACAAAUACAAGUUCCCCCCGGGUCCUCGGCCUUGGCCCAUCAUCGGCAACCUCAACAUCCUCAAUGUGCAGCGACCAGAUGAGACCAUGUGCAAGCUGUCCAAACAGUACGGAGAUGUGUUCACGUUCCACAUGGGCACCAAGAAGUACGUGGUCAUCACCGGGUACGAGGCAGUGAAGCAGGCACUGAUCACCCAGGCUGAGGAGUUUGGGGAGAGGGGAAUUACUCCUAUCAACCAAAUCGUGAACAACGGAAAGGGUCUGGCCUUCGGUGUGGGUGAGUCCUGGAAGACAAUGCGGAGGUUCACACUGACCACAUUACGGGACUUUGGCAUGGGUCGCAGCACCAUUGAGGACCGCAUCGUGGAAGAGGCUCAGAGGUUGCUGGACAUCUUCCAGCAGCACCAGGGAAAACCCUUCGAUCCCACAGUCAACAUCUACUCAGCUGUCUCCAACAUCAUCUGCCAACUGGUGUUUGGACACCGCUUCAAGUACAAUGAUCCCGUGUUCCUGCAGCUCCAGAAUCGGGUCAUUGAGUCAACCCAGUUAUUAGCCUCUCCCGAAGUGCUGGUGUACAACCUCUACCCAAAACUAGGCACAGUACUGGGAGACUUCCAGAAGCUGCACAAAAACAUCACAGAGAACCAAAAAUAUUUCAGGGACAUCUGUUGCCAUCGCAAAGUUGAGCUGGACAACAAUGAUCUCAGGAGCUUCCUGGAUAGCUUCCUGGCUCGGCAGAAAGAGGAGGAGUCCAGGAAUGCCAACACUUACUUUGACGAGAGGAAUAUGGUCGUGACGAUCGGAAACCUCUUUGCUGCUGGCACUGAGACAACCUCCACCACCCUCCGCUGGGGCCUGCUCUUCAUGAUGAAGUAUCCCCACAUCCAAGAGAAAGUACAUGCAGAGAUUGAACGUGAGAUCGGCAAAGAUCGUCCCCCGAGGUCAGAAGACCGAAAAAGCAUGCCGUACACAGACGCCGUGGUGCACGAGAUCCAGCGUUUCGGGAACGUGGUUCCCAGCAACCUGCUUCGACAGACCAAACAUGACACUACCUUCAGAGACUACCACCUCCCCAAGGGAACCCCCGUCAUCCCCUUGCUCACCUCUGUGCUGUUCGACAAGACACAGUGGGAGACGCCGUACGAGUUCAAUCCGGGACACUUCCUGGACGCAGAGGGACACUUCGUCAAGAAGGACGCAUUCCUCCCCUUUUCCGCAGGACGGAGGGUGUGUGUGGGAGAGACCCUAGCCAAGAUGGAGCUCUUCCUGUUCUUCACGGCCCUUCUGCAGAAGUUCUGUUUCGAGCCACCCGAGGGCAUCAGGGCCGAGGACCUGGACCUGACCCCUGCUCUAACGUUUACCCGGUCACCCAAACCCUACGAGCUGUGUGCUGUUGUCCGUUGAUACAAGGAGACACCAAGAUGACAGACGCUGUAUACGGAAACACACGCAUUUCAUAUACUGUACAUACAUGUCCAUAGAAACAUACACCUGUAGAGAAUUUCUAUGGUGUGUAAAAGCUUGUGACAGUCUAUACUUCAAUAUUUUCCUAUUCAUACAUUAUUAUAUUCAGUUUUAUCCCUGUAUUUUGACAGAUUCCCCUUUGUUUUAGCAUUACUACUUCGUCACUAUCAUACUGUAUGAGUGUUAAAUUUAUAUUACAUGCAAAUAGGUUUUUCGAACAUUGUUGUGUAGACAGUGAUGUCAAUCUCUGCACACGUGCUGAUCAUAUUUUGUACAUAUAAUCAGAGUAAAACUGCUUACAUAGGCGUAAAAGCCACUUAACGAUAGA